AAUUGUCUCUAGGAAAAAUCGAAAUGGCAUUCAAACGCUGUGGUUUAUCACUCGAUGAUGACUUCAAGCAAUAUUUCCUACGCUCUUCGAAUAGCCGCAUCGAGGAAUCUUAUGACCAAUUCAAAAUUAAUUCAGUACUCAAGAGCAAAAUCGAUGCUAGUGAGGACCCGACCAUGUUAGCAACCUAUGGAUCUCCAAUGGUGGUCUCAUGUUAUGACAAACACAAUACCCAACAAGAGAUCAAGGACUUCGUCGAAAUCAUCGACUCAAGCGAUGAGGAUGACCAAACAGACAAUCUGAUUGAAAAGGAAUUAUUGGAUGUGCUAUCUACUGCUCGGUACAGUGACCACGGAGCAGCACCUGAAUUGAACGAUGACGUUCAAAGUGAUGGAAGCGACAACGAAAUUAACAAUGCAAUGAAAAUAGAGGACAACGGUAUUCCAUUCAAUAUGAAUCGCGAUAUAGACCUAAGGGAUGAAUACGAAUCUAGUGUCACAUCAAACAAUGAAGUGAACGUCGAUGCUGUUGACAAAAGUAGCAACAUGACGGAGGGAAUUCCAGCGAAGAAAAACUCAGUUUCAUCAAAAAAGUUGGUGGUGAAGAAGCGAUACAAAUGCCAAAUUUGUGAAUAUUCCAGCAAUUACCCCACCAACCUCAAAUGUCACAUGCGUACUCACACCGGUGAGAAACCAUAUCAAUGCGAUAAUUGUCACAAAGGAUUCACAACUCUGCAAAACAUGAAAAAGCACAAAAUGACUCACACUAACGAAAUGCCAUUCCAUUGUCGAGGCUGUUUCAGUGGAUUUUCGCAGAAAGUCGAAAGAAAAGCCCAUGAAAAAGUAUGCAAAUUACAUCGAUAUGAAUGCCAUAUCUGCAAGAAGUUUAUUACUGGUGACAAAAAUAAGUUUAAAAACCAUAUGCAAAAACACAACGGCAACAAACCGUUCCGAUGCGAAAUUUGA